AUGGCUUAUCGUCCAAGCCAAUAUACACUGUGCCUACUGCUAAUGUUGCUGUUGGUGUGUCUGUUACAACAAUGUUCAGCUGCUGCAGCAUCAGCAUCAUCAUCAACAUCAGCGACGUCUACACCACAACGUCAACAACAUAAUAUUAAUAUCCAACAAGAACAAGAUUACGACGACAACAAUGAUUUACUUCAGAUUGAGCUCGAUGUCAGGAGCCAGCUGAUCGAUCAACACCUACAGACACUGUGCGCCAUGCCUAGCUACGAGGUGUCAACUCUGGCAACAUUAUGUAUAGAUUAUAAACAAGACGAGGAGGAGGAGGAUGAUAACAUGAUGAACGAGAUCGUCGUGCUCAACCGUAUUGGCCGUGGCAGCUGCGCCGAGGUGUACACUGGAACAUGGCGCGGCAUCACCGUGGCCAUCAAGAAGGCCAAGAUCCUCUCGGAGGACGAUGACGAGUUCCUUUCGGAGCUGGCUCAGGAGGCCGCCAUCAUGUCGCAACUCCGCCAUCCAAACGUCUGCCAGUUCCUCGGCACGUGUAACAAUGUGCCCGAGGUCCUCAUCGUCAUGGAGUACAUGUCGCGCGGCAGUCUCUACCGUAUGCUGCACGAUCGCUCCGUGAUCAUCGACUGGAUGCGCAUGAAGAGCAUUGCACUUGACAUUGCCAAGGGCAUGAACUACCUUCACUGCUGCGACCCGAUCAUCAUUCAUCGUGACCUAAAGUCCCACAACUUGCUCGUGGACGAGCACUUCCGCGUCAAGAUAUCCGACUUUGGCCUGUCCACACGCUUCAAGCAGCAUCUCGACAAGAAGACGACGAUGACACCCGUGGGCACACCGUGCUGGACCGCGCCAGAGGUGCUACGCAAUGAUCCCUACACUGAGAAGGCCGACAUCUUCUCGUAUGCCAUUGUACUUUGGGAGCUGGCCACCCGCGAGGACCCCUACGAGGGCAUGCCAACAUUCCAAAUCGUCAUCUCUGUUGGACAACACAAACUACGUCCCAUCAUGCCGGCACAUGUUCCUGCACCCUUCACCAGGUUGAUAACCGAGUGUUGGUCAGAGGAUCCAUCACAACGACCGUCAUUCAAUGACAUUGUAAAGCGACUUGAA